AUGCUGAUAGCCGCAGAUGGCGAGGGUCUGGACACGGACAGGAGGAAGGUUGUGGACGCCUACAUCGAGGAGCUGAGCCAGGCGCGCGUAAGGUGUCGAGCUGAGCUGCUCGGCUCCAGCGCCUCGCUUGAGAACCUGUGGCGGGCGGCCUACAUUCAGGGCAGCACUCCGGGAUGGGAAGCAAAUGCCCGUGUCCUGCGGCCCUUCUUCAGCAACAAGGCCGGCCAGGCUUUUGAUUCGUCUGCCGGCCGCGUCACUAACUAUGGUGAGGUUAUAGGAUCAGGAGUUUAUUUCACUGCUGAAGGCAGUUUUGUGCCUGCUGAUGGCACGGAGAGUUGUCCUAAAGACUUUGAAGUGCAGAUCGAGCGUGGAGGCCUUGUAAUUCUGGGUGUGCCUCUUCUCUCUGAUGCAAUCUCGGGACCAGGCCUGGUCCGGGUCCUUUACUUGGAUCCCGACAUUCGAAUAUUUGAGUCUCCCAGGGACUCCCCUGACCGCUGGGAGGAGGAGGGACUGAGAGUGGUGCAGGCCGAGCCUAUGCUGGGUGCAAUGCUGCCGCCGAAAGCACCGCCAAAGAAGAGAAAGAGGGCCAGGCACACGAGUACAUCAACGCACAUCGUCUUCCUCGUCGACAACUCCGGUAGCAUGGAGUGCGAGAACCGAAUAAAGAUGGUGUUUGAUGCCGUCAUGAAGAUGGUGCACGCGUUGAUGGGCACGGAUGGCAUUGUCUGUUCGCUGGUGACGUUUGACGAUACCUACAUUGUGUGUUUUGAAAGGCCGGUGGCUUGCCAGCUUGUUGUGCCAAUUAUGCAGCGUGCGCCGAGUCUUUGCCCAGCUGGUGCUGUUGCCAGGCGGGAAGUGAACGAGCAUCUGAAACUGAUGGUGAAGGAGGUAUGCAAAGCUACUCGACCAAAGGGCACAGGGCGAUACUUGCAGGCACUGGCAGGUUUUCGGAGCCUUGUAACUGUCGGCAUGACCGUGGGUGUUCUUCUAAGCGAUGGCGAGCCGACAGAAGUUAUUUGGGAACACCGGCCACCGUCUUGCAUAGAAGAGUUGAUGAGUGACAUGCGACGUGACUUUGGCAACAUGUGCGUGUUGCACACGGUGGGCUUCGGGGACUUCGAGAUGCAAUGUCUUCGAAACCUAGCACGGAUAGGUGGCGGCACCUUCCACAACAGCGAAGCCAUCGAUAGCAACAAGUUGCAGUCUAUUUUCGGGCAGAUCGCUACGUCGGUGAUGGUGUCCACGUUGCAUGGCUCUCUGAUCAGCUUCGGUGACGAAGCCAUGACUCCCAUGCCCGUGAAGGACAGGCUGGACCUGGCUGAUGGCAGAGGUAUUUGCAUCACAAGCCAUUCGCUGAAGGAGCUUUACGAAACUGGGCUUGAGUUCCUGCGAUGUAAGGAUAUGCGUUUCAUGCUCGUAGUGCCCACGGUUAUUCUGAUGACGUGGUCCCCAAAGGACUUGCACAAAUUCUUCUUGCAGAACCACCGGCGUGCACAGGAGUUCGCCAAAGCAUUCAAUGCCGCCGUCCAGGAUAGGGAAACACCUAAAGUUGAGUUUGUGCCGGCUUUUGUCGUCAAGAUCAGCGAUGAGUCUGAAACUUCUGGAGUCCGCUAUGUCACAGCAGAGAAGUACAUCCCGGGUGCCUACGUCAAGCUCAAUGGCAAUGAUGGUUAUGUCCAUGCCUUUUACGAUGGAGAGGCUGCACAGGCCAGGCUACAAAAAUGCAUCUGGCACACAGACAUAGCCUGUAUUCACGGUGUUCUCACAUGGGCAGUGAAAGUUUGGAGUCCCCGCAAGGUUGCAGCUGCGUUUAGCCACUUCACUUUUCAACAUUCCGGAGGGUGCGAGCUCUGCGUUGACAUUCAAGGUGUUGGGACAACAUGGACAGAUCCGCAGAUCCACAGUUUGAAGAAGGAGUUCGGACUUGCUGACCUAGGCCAAGCUGGAAUGGAGUGCGCUGCGGACAUACAAGCAUCUGACGACCCAAAGUGCCCAAUCUGUCGGAACUCUACCACUUCAAUAGCCUUCGUCACUGAGGAGCAGUCUGGAGCCGCCUCCUCGACUUAUGUGCGUGAAUCGGACAUGACUCCAGACGAGGGCAUUGACGUCGAUCUUUUCAUCGGUGGGCAGAUUUUGGAUUACGAAUUCCGCGACAUGCUGGCAGCCGGGAAGAUUCAGCCCGUCGCAGGAUCUAUUGACAAAUUCACUGAGACCGGGGUCAUCCUGACUGAUGGCAAGGAGCUGGAAGCCGACAUCGUGAUCUACGGGACAGGUUUUACCAAGAACUACGACAUCUUCGACAAGGUAAUCCAGGAAAAGCUCAACAUCCAAAAGGACGGGCUUGUCCUGUACAACAACAUCAUCCCACCACAGGCGUCAGAUGUGGCCUUCAUGGGCUGCGAAGUUGUCCCCAAGUCUGGAGCCAUGGAGAACGUGAUUGAGAAGGAGCUUGCCGUGCAUGCUGCUAACAGUUGCACAUGA